AUGUACCUCAUUCAUGAACAUUUUCAGGGAGAGUUGAUUGAAGAUAAUGAGGAGAUAGAGGAAUUGAGUGAAGUUGAGGAGAAAAAUCAUAUCAGAAGUGGAGAAAAACCCAAACAGAAAGAUUUAAAGAAAAGAAGAGCCAAGAAAUCUUUCACCUGCACUCAGUGUGGAAACAGUUUCCCACGCGGAUGUCUUCUCAAGCGACACAUGGCCGUUCACACUGGAGAGAAACCGUUCACUUGUGAUCAGUGUGGAAAGAGUUUUACACGAUCAUCAACCCUUAUGUUACACAUGAACAUUCACACUGAAGAGAAACUCUACACGUGUGAUCAGUGCGGGAAAGCAUUUUUGUGGUCUUCAAACCUGACAACACACCUUAAACUUCAUGCAAAGGAGAAGCCACAUUCAUGUCAUUUGUGUGGAAAGAGUUUUUCAUUAAUACAAUACUUGAAACUACAUCAGAAAAUACAUACUGGUGUGAGAGAGUACAUGUGCUUUGAGUGUGAGAAGACUUUUAUUUCAGCGCAGUGUUUAAAACUGCAUGAGAGGAUCCACACUGGAGAGAAACCUUACGCAUGUGGUCAGUGUGGGGAGAGUUUCUCACAAUCAGCAAACCUUAAGUAUCACAUGAACAUCCACUCUGGAGAAAAACCUUAUAAAUGUUCACACUGUGACAAGAUAUUCAGUCAGUCAGGAAAUCUGAAAAAACAUGAGAGGAUCCACACUGGAGAGAAACCGUAUCACUGCACUGCAUGUGGGAAGUGUUUCACUCAUUCAUCUGCUCUACACAGUCAUACAAAAAACAUUCACAGUAAGUAG